AUGUCGAGUGACAGUGGAGAUAAUGUGCUGAAAAAAGUAAUGGAGACUGUCAGAGCCUCUAAUGCUCUAGCAUCGCAAGAUGUAGAAUUUCAUAAGAGUAUAGACACUAGCGUGGCAAACUCACUAGAAAAGAGUAUGAAGAGCAUGGCAUCGGUGAUGAACAAUAUAUUACUAUCAAUCGAUAACAAUAACGAGAAACUUGAUGGUACCAAUGAAAACCUGGAGGAGGUAUGCAAAGAAUUCAGCAAUGUCAUGGAUGUUCUAUUCGAAAAGGCUGAUAGAUCGCUAGAUAUUCUUAAUAGGAAAUCCUCAACGAAUGAUAACAAAAAGAAUAUGCAGUUUCUUGACGAUGUCAAUGUAGCGGAGAAUGAUCCUAGCAGAAGGAUUUCAAAACCACAGCUGAAUUUUAAAACUCCUGUUGACAACAGUGAAAGCCACCCAUUUAAGCCUCUGCUUAUCGAGAAGCCCAAUGCAUUAAAGUCUAUUGAAGAAUCUACACAACUCGUUUUAGCAACAGAGGAUAUCCCAGAGCAUUUCCAACAACCAUACGAGUACGAAAUUUUAAAUCAAGAAUACAAUAACGAUAUUUUGGAGAAAAAAGAACCAAUUCCCUCAACUUCCUGGGUUGAUACCAAUGCUAUCUGGGUAGACAACAUCAAUAGUCUACAAGAUAUGAUGCAAGAAUUAAAGAAAUCUUCAGAAAUUGCUGUAGAUUUGGAACACCAUGACUUCAGGUCUUACUACGGUUUGGUGUGUCUAAUGCAAAUCAGUACAAGAACUCAGGAUUAUAUUGUUGACACUAUAGCUUUAAGAGAUGAUCUUAAAAUGCUUAAUGAAGUGUUUACAAAUCCUUUGAUCACAAAGGUAUUCCAUGGUGCCUUUAUGGAUAUAAUAUGGUUACAGAGAGACUUGGGGCUUUACAUUGUGAGUCUUUUUGAUACGUUCCAUGCGUCGAAGGCUCUUGGUCUUCCCAAACAUAGCUUGGCUUACCUUUUGGAAAAAUAUGCCAAUUUCAAAACCUCGAAAAAGUACCAACUAGCUGACUGGAGAAGAAGACCUCUUUCAAAGGCAAUGAUGGCAUAUGCUCGUGCAGAUACUCAUUUUUUAUUAAACAUAUUUGAUCAGAUGAGAAAUGGGCUAAUUUCUUCUGGGAAACUAGCUGGAGUUUUGAGAGAAUCUAGAAAUGUAGCCCUUAGAAGAUUUGAAUACUCAAAGUACAAACCAAAGAUUCCUGUGGCCAAUAUUUUUACUCCUGUUGAAAAAGAAAGUCCUUGGAGAACUUUAAUGUAUCAAUAUAAUAUUCCAGUUGAUAAGGAGCCACUAAUCCGCGAGCUCUAUGAGUGGAGAGAUAUGAUGGCUAGGCGAGAUGAUGAAUCUCCUCGUUAUGUUAUGCCUAACCAACUACUGGUAUCUCUUGUAGCAUAUGGUCCUGUUGACCCUAUUUCCGUUGUGUCAGUAAGCAGUGUUGUUACAGAUCAUGUGAGAAGAAAUUCAAAAACUCUUGCCAACCUGAUAAAAAAGAAGCUGGAAGAAAUCAAAUUGGGAGAAGUGAAAUCUAUCAACAACAGACUACCAAGCUCACUAGAUGUCUCACAGGAUGAAUUACAGUUCUUACCAUCACAUAAGAUUGAAUUAAUGACCGGGGCUUUCAAAGAAAUUGAAAAUCAACUCACUCAGGCAACUAAGUCUAAGCAAGCCAUGACUUCAUCAGUGGUGCUUAGCGAAAUCCUGCUACACCCUGAACAUGCAGUAAAAUAUCAUAAUGGUAGUGCAUGUAGUGUUGAAGAAUCAGAAUUGAAAGAUAGGUAUUUGUCAUAUAUUAAGGCUACUCUUCUUGCGGCAAGCAAAAAUAUCAAUAUGGUGCUGGAAACUUCAAACUCUAACGCUCCAUUAGAAACUGAAGAAACUCAUAACAAAAAGAGCGAUCAAAUUCAGGUUAUCCCAGAGAAACAAGAAGAUAUGGAUGAAAUUGUUGUUCUAAAGAAAAAGAAAAUUCAUUCUAACGACCAGAAAGCUAAACAUGAUGAUGGAGACAUUGUUGAAGAGCCUGUUGAUUACAGUAAAGCCAAUAUUUUAGCUAGUGAUAAUAGAGAAGUUAAAAAGAAGGACAAAAAACGUGUCUUUGAUCCGUACUCUUCCACUGGUGAAGGUCCAAAGGCUGCCAAAAAGAGGAGACUUGUAACCAAGGGUAAAAAGAUAUCAUUUAAAAAAUAG